UCCCCUCCUACCAUAGUGAUCAGUACCCCAUUUUGAGCUUAUAGCCUUCAACAAAUAUGGCUUCCACCGUCAACACUCCCCUUGUUACCAUGACCCUGCUUCUGCUACUUUCACUUGCUUACAUUCAAGGAAUAGAUGCCGCCGGCGAGUGUGGGAAAACGCCGAUUAACUCCGCAGCUGCUAGCUUGAGCCCUUGUAUUUCGGCAGCCAAAAGUGCGAAAGGUAAGGUCCCUCCUGCUUGCUGCACUAGGGUUGCAGCAUUGAUCAAGAGCUCCCCAAGGUGUUUGUGUGCUGUGUUCUUGUCUCCCUUAGCAAAACAAGCCGGAAUCAACCUUGCUGUUGCCAUCACUGUUCCGAAACGUUGCAACAUCAGAAACAGACCAGUUGGGAAGAAAUGUGGAAGAUAUGUUGUCCCCUGAGGAAGCAUCAAAUCAAUCUGGUUCGGCUGCUGAGAGGAAGAUUAUAACCCUAAUAUUAUGUCAUUAGUAGUGUUAAAUAAAGGUUUUUUUUUUUUUUUUUUAUGGGGGGGGGGUGUUGGGUUGGGGGUGUGUUGAAUAAGUGUUAAAUAAGGUCGCUAUGUGGCUCAAUGUAUUAGAAAAUGUGUUCUUAUGAAUAUUAUAUGGACCGAGUUUUUCUUCAUC